AUGGAUAAUCAAAUGCCGGAUCUAAGUUAUUUGACGGAUGAAGAACGAAAAAUUAUUGAAGCGGUGAUGAUGAGACAAAUGGCGGAAGAACGACGCGAUGCCGUUGUGUUGCAGACAAAAGUGGAAGAAAGUUCCAUGCCUGUUGUACCUGGAAGAAAAGCAUCGGAUCAGAGUAGUCUUGAAACAGGCGUUUGUUGUGAAUUAUGUUUAAAAACAAAAUUUGUCGAUGAAAAUGCAGCUAGACAAUGUGUCAUUUGUAAAAAACGUUUUUGUGUAAGAUGUGGAGUACGAUUAAAAGGUCCUCGAAAUCAGACUUAUUGGCUAUGCAACACAUGCAGACACAAACAAGAAUUAUAUUUUUCUAGUUCUCAUAAUCGUUUUUCAUUGGCUUCUACAGGAUCAGCAUCGCAAUUAUCAACAACUAAUGCACAAGAAAAUAUUUUAUCUGAUCACUCUAAAACGAAUUGUCCUAUAUCGAAACAGUAUGUUUCUGAUUAUAUUUUAUCUCAACCGUUCGAUUCAAAUCGUCGUUCGUCGAUUGUGACAUUGAAUGAAGAGUCAAAAAUUAAUGCGAUUGAAAAUAAUAUACCUUUCUCGGAUGAAUUAUCAUCAGACAAAAAAUCUAUGACCCAUCGUGUACCCGAAACUACUUUUUCUGGGCAUCAGCCACUGCCAACAUCUAGAAAACUACCAAUGUUUAAUCAAUUUCAACGACAAAAAUCAUCAAUCAUGUCUUCCACCCCGUCCAGCACGAAUCAAAAUGUUGAACAAUAUAACAACACAACUGACAAUGGACAACAGCAACGGUCACGACAAAUCGAACGAACGCUUUCGAUUGACGCAGAAGAAGAAAAUGAAGAGGAUCAACAGAAACAGCCACCAUUAGAUUUUACCUCUGAUGAACAACAAAUUGCGCUUAGGUCAAGUCCAAAAAUAUAUCGUUCGAAUAAAAGUGGUGCUAAUAAUACGACAGCGAACCAGCGAGAAACACAUUAUCAUCGUUCAGUUCAGCAUUAUCGUUUAUCUGGAGUCCAUUCAAAUCGAAAUCUAAACAAACAACAAUCAGCAUCAGCAUCCUCUAAAACAUCUAUUCCUAAUGUCGGUAUAAAUCAAACCUCAACAACACCUGCAGAAAAAGAGUCAAGUUCCGAUGAUAACAUUCCAUCAUCAUCAAAUUCUAGUUCCGAUGUUGAUGAACUUGAGAGCGGCAGUACCUGUAUUUCUGACAGAGGGAGCGAUUUGCUCUCAAGUAAAACUUUUCGAUUUCGUCACAGUGAGCCUGUUGUUGUAAAAAGUAAUCGUAUUCUUGACGUUGCCACAUCAGAUUCUUCUUUUCCUACAUCUUCUUCUUCUCAAACACCGAUUAUUAAUGAACAAGAUGAUAACAAAAAACUACCUGUAGAAACAAUUGUGCAACAGUUACCAUCAUCAUAUCAUCGAUCUGAAAACAUUCCUCCAUCACGUUCGACACACAAUACAGACGCAACGAGAGAUCGAAAUAACAAUAAUCAUGAACGUUCAUCUCUGUUACGUGAAUUUCAAUGUCAUUCAUUAGAAGAAAAAGAAAUGCCCGAUUGGCAUUUAGAGGGGACAUUAAAAGAUUCCGGUAUAGACACUGCUAGUUCAAGUACAAUAUUGAACGCCACUGCUUCCGCCGAACAAAAACAGCAAAAAUUACUAUUUGCCGAUUUUACAACUGCGUCCCGUCGUUUAUCAAGCAGUGGAAAAUUACAAGGAAAUGUUCCCGGUCCUGCCACAUGGAAAUAUGAUGAUACACAAACAUUCCUUAUUGGUCACAUAACACUCAAAAACUGGGCUCGGGAUGAACCAAUCUUUAGUGCGCUAGGGUUAAAAGUACAGGGCGGAAUUCAUCGUGAUAAUGACGAAGUCGUUGCUGAAAUUACAAAAGUGACAUCGAGAAGUAUUGCAGACAAUUGUGGUCAGUUGAAAGUUGGUGAUACAGUACUCGAAUGGAAUGGGAAAAAAUUAUCAAAUCUGAGUUAUAGCGAUGUUUAUGAAAUUAUUCAAAAUUCUGCGCAAGCAUCCGAGGUACACAUGGUUGUUAAACGACCAGUUAGAUCUUUUAAUCAAGACCAAACAACUGAACAUGCUUCUCAAGAUAGUAUUCAAAAACUAUCUCGUUCUAUUACUCUCAUAUUGUCGACUCACAUGUACACGACUAAUAAUAAUAAUAAUAAUAAUAAUAAUAAUAAUAAUAAAAUGGUUGUAUUUCAAAAUGUUAUGUUCAAUGGUGAUGAUAAUAGUAAUAAUCUUGCACAAAUACAUUCGUUUGAUCAAAAUGAACAACUACACAUAGAACAACAUCAACAGGGCGUUAAAGAUCGUACAUCUAAUUUAUAUCGUCUGUGGACAAAUACACCACAAAAAUUUGUUCGAAAUGUAAGACGAUUUUCACAACGUUUAUCUAAUCGUUCUCGACAACAACAGCUACAACGUGAUACAAUUAUAUCUAAUGAUAAUCAACAUCAACAAACUGUUCAGUUUCAUUUACAACAACAUCAGUCACAAUCACAAUUCCCUAAUGGAGGAAAUUUUCAACAAACACAACGUAAAAAUUCAUCUGAUUCCGAUUUAUCAUUAUCAAAAUUAGAUAUAACAGAUGAAUAUUCUACACCCGGUGAUUUUAUUGAUAAUAAUUCAUUAAAUACAUCGAGACAACCAAGUGAAAUAAUGAAUGCUACAACAAAUGAUAAUCAUAGUUUACCAUUUUUACUAUGGCCAUUGAAUACAUGUAGACAAUUAUAUUAUCGUUAUCAACAACCAUUUCUAUUUGGAGGACGACAGAGAACAAAAUCAAAUACAAUAACAAUUUCUCAAACAACAACCGAUAGCAAUAUGCGUUUAACGCAAUCUUCACCUAAACAUACGAGAAAUCAAAAUCAUUAUUUAUCUGGUCAACGUUUUCCAUGUUGUAGUUGGCACAUUGCUAAAAAGAAUACACAUCGAGCUCGUCUACAUCUUCGCUUUCAAUAUGAUUCGCUACAUAAAGAACUGCACAUAUCUGUGCAUGGUGCUAAAGAUCUUUUAUCUAAUGGAGAUAACUUCUUUGGCUCUCUUGUUUGUCAAUUAUCACUACUACAAGGAGGUUCGAGAGAGCAAAAAUGUACGAAAUCCCGUACAUGUUCGCCAGAAGGAUGUUGUAUAUGGAAUCAACGACUUCGAUUUUUUGAUGUCGAUAAUAUUGAAACAUUGUCAGUACAUAUUUUAAUCGUCGACAUAGAGAAAAACAACGAACCAAUUGGUGAAAUAUUUAUACCGUUGAACAAGGUAAAUUUGAAUGGAUCACCCGAAUGGUAUCAUUUUACUCCAAAAUACUCCAUAGAACAUUUACAACGACAUAGUAUUGAUCAAUCAACAUUAGUUCGAAGUGAUAGUGAUGUAUCUGAGUUUGACACACCGGGUACUUCCAAAACACCGACUACGCUCAAUGUACCUACUGCUUUAUUGAAAACGAAAACAAGUAAUACUGAACAAUUUGCAGUAGAUAGCAAAAAGCGUCAACUCCCGGUUAUUCCAUUAGCUGCUCAGCAAGCUAGUCGAGAGAAAGUAUCACAAGAAUUACUUGAAAAAGCUAAACAAAUGAAAUUAAAGUUACAUUUGAGAGAAUUAGACAUUAAAGAUACAAAUGAGGGCGAUAUAGAAAAUAUGACUUCCACACACCGACGUUCUUCUAUAAAUGAUAACAAUAAUGACAAUACAGGUCGAUAUGCGCGUCGAUUUAGUAAUAUGUCAGAUGAUUUAUCAUCUAACGUUCAACACGUACCAAUUACACAACAACAAUCGAGAGCGAAAAGUUUCGAUCGGUCAGAAUUGGCGCAGCAAAAACGUAUGAUGUAUGAAGAAAGAUUGAGACGAUUUGAUGACGAAGCAAAAAAAAUUGAAUCUAUUGAUCAAACUAAACCAGAAUCAGAACAAAUAGCACAUCAGCUACAAACGUAUGCCGAUACUUUGCCAUCUUCUUAUCUUCACCGACAGGGAGAUGAACCAGAAGGAUUAUCACGUACAUCACCCCGUCCAUUUCAAUCAAGCAAAUCAAUUGAAUCAGAUGUAUUACCUAGCAUAACUCAUACAUUACCUUAUCGAACUUCGAAAGUAUCUGAAUCAAUGGCUAAUUUAUCUCAAACAAAUAUGAAACAACCAACAACAACCACUUUCACAACAGCAGGUUUGAAAGAUCGAAAAACAUCACGUUUAAAAAUACCGAUUAUGCGCGAAAAAAAUUCAUCAGCUGUGUCUGAACAAUUAGCGUCAUUUAUAAAUUCAUCACCAACCUCCAUAGCGAAAAAACCACAACGAACGGAUAUGGAACGCACCAGACUAAAAUCGUUUGAUGAAAAAUAUCGCAAAGCUAAGAGAAAAGAUCCAUCCGAACCAGGAGAUUAUGAUUCAGAUGCAUCCGAGCUAUCGACAGCGUCAAAGAUUAGCUCUGUUAGUAUGCUGUCCACACAGUCUGAAAAACCACAUAGUAGUCGAAGAAUGGGAUCGAGUGGAGUAGAUAAUAAUCGACCGAACAAACUGAACGAAGAUGAAGUACGUCAGAUGGCAAAUACUACAAUGGAUAGUAGUGGUCAAACGUUGUUUUCAACAGCAACGCCACCACCAGCAGCAACAUCAACCGAUAGUACACGAAUAUCUCCUUCUUCAUCUGUUCCAAUCGAUGUGCCAGAAAAAAAGGAGAAAAUUGAUGGAACAUUAUCAGAUUCUGUGUUGAGCACGCAACCUGAAACACAAAAAAAGCGCCGACCGUCAAUGUCAUCCAAAGCCCUUGUUAUUCUAGGAUUGUCAAAAAAAAGCAAUAGUACAUCAACUCUUGGCUAUGGGAAAAGAUUUGGUUUUCAGCGUAGUGAAGAAAUUGGUGUUCAACCACAUCUAAGAAACAAAUUGCUCGUUCGACAAACGAGUAAAGAGAAUGAAACUCCAGCUGAUAGUCAGACACUACAACAGCCAUCACCGGCUCAAUCGCAAACUGGCGCACAAUAUCAUUCUCUGCCACAUAACAUGAAACUAUGGUCUGGUACAUUAAAAAAUCCUCAUGAGCAUCAAUUUUGUGAAUUUAUUGAAGGACUGGGCCUAGGACAAUUAGUUGGUAGACAAGUAUUAGCAUCUCCCUGUCAUGGUGAAAUUCAAAUUGGCCUUCAUGAUCAACACGGAAUGCUCGAAGUAGAAAUUAUACGUGCAAGAAAUUUACUACAAAAACCUCCAUAUAAAACUCCACCAGCCCCUUAUGCCAAAGUUUAUCUGUUAGAUGGUAAAACAUGUGUGGAAAAACAACGGACAAGAACAACAAGACGAACAUUAGAUCCCCUUAUUCAGCAACCACUUUUAUUUAAAGAAAAUUAUAGGCAAAAAGUUUUACAGAUUAGUGUUUGGGGUGAUUAUGGAAAACUUGAUCGAAAAGUUUUUAUGGGUGUUUGCCAAAUUAAUUUGGAUGAUCUCAAUCUUAGUGUUCAUGUACUUGGCUGGUAUAAACUAUUUUCAGCUAAUUCUUUAAUGAGUAAUUAUACGGUCGUUCAACAAAAACGAAAAACCUCAUUGAGUUCAAAUGAUAGUACUUAUUCAUUUGCAUCACAAAGUACAAUCAAAUCUACAAAAUCACUUUCAUCUAGAUUAUAG